GGAUCUCCGUCCCUUGCCUCUCACCUCCUAUUUCCCUGAUCCAGAAAAAGGGGUAGAGACGAGCAGCAGAGAAAAGGGAUACCUGAUAAAUCUGCAGGACAGAAUUAUCUGAUUAUCCUUAGCAAGUCUGAUAACUGAGCUGGACGUGGGGCCGGCUAACGGGAGGGCAGAGCUAAGCUGGAACAGACCUUAGUGCGCCAGGGUCUGUAGGUAUGGGGGGCCUCUGGGAACCGGUGAUUUCUCAGCGCUCCAGGAUGUCCUCAGCAAGGUGAUGGAGACUCCUAGCUCCCACCUCAGUCUUUGCCUUCCUUGCAAAGGUACCAUUUUCGUUGUAGUCAUAGGACGGAGAGGACUUUUCUCCUCUUCUCUUUACUAAUAUGAAGCUUACAUUUUUGUUUUAAACAAUUUAAUUCCAUUUCACCGAAGAGAUAGUCCUUGGGAGGCUCUUAGAUCUGGGAAUAUAUCCCCACUCAAACCCCUUUUGCUUGUAGGUUUGUGUAGGAGAUGGAGAGGGGAUGAGCAAGGUGAUUAAUUUUGAUGUCUGUUGAGAGGUAGGGGAGCCCACCCUCGAAAGAACACCUAGUUAAACCUUGUGGCUGGCUCUUAGAGUCUGAGGCCCCAGGUACAACUCUCCCACUCUGACCCCCCUAACCUCAACACACCCCCAGGAUCCCUGACCAGAGAGGGAAAGUAAAGACUCUUGAUCGCAGCGGGUGGGGUGGGGGGCGCUUUAGUAGCCAAGGACUGGCAGACAGCAACCAGGGAAUGAAAUGGAACGCUUGUUUAAAAGAGAAAGACCUUGGUUUUAGUAACCUCCUAGAGCUUUCUUAUAAGAAGUAUCUUUCAUAGGAGGAGCAGGGCCAGCAUCUUUCUCCGGUGCUAGAAAGCCCGGUGUCUCUCAUCCCAGGCAACACCGGGUUUUGAAGCUCACCACGCCUCUCUCUUUAAACGCAAUUUAAUUGCUUUUAAAUGGCCUGCUAGCUGCAGGCAAAAUUUCUCCGUGCUCGCUUUGUUCUGAGCAUCUCACUGCUGAGUUCACUUGCAGCCUAGUACGGUACUAGAGAAUCGGGAGGCUGAGAAACAGGGUAGGAGUACUGCAUCAGGCUUCAGGACCUGCUUGAACUUAGAAACCACUUCUCUCUCAGUGUUAAGGAUCCCAGAACAUCACUUAGGGAAGAGCUGGUGAGUUUUGCAAUAAGAUGCAUCCUGGAGCUCUGAGAGGACGCUUUUUCCAGCUGGUGUUUCCAAGGUGCGCAUGGUGAGAGGGGAGCUGGUGGACGAGUCAGGGGGCUCCCCUCUGGAGUGGAUAGGGUUAAUCCGGGCAGCCAGGAAUCCCCAGGAACAGACUCUGGAAGCUAUUGCAGACUUACCAGGAGGACAGAUCUUCUAUCGGGCAUUGCGAGACGUCCAGCCUGGGGAAGAGCUGACUGUGUGGUAUUCUAACUCCUUGGCUCAGUGGUUUGACAUCCCUACAACUGCGACUCCAACGCAUGAUGAGAAAGGGGAGGAGCGCUACAUCUGCUGGUACUGCUGGAGGACCUUUCGCUACCCUAACAGCCUCAAGGCACACCUGCGGUUCCACUGCGUCCUCAGUGGCGGCGGGGGCCGUGCUUUCCUGCCCCAGGAGCACGCGGCCCGGCCCGGCGCUUCCCCGGUGGCAGAAGGCCUCGGCCUCCCUCCGAAACCCACCGUCCCGGACUUGACGGCGCCCGUCCAGGCAAUCGCUUUGCGACCCCAAGCUCCGGCCGCUCAGCUCGCCCAGGCGUGCGGGGCGCGGGAGAGCAUCAAGCGGGAGGCUUCCCUGGCGCCCCUGGCCACCUCCCCGCCGCCGGGCAAGUGGGGAACGCCCAAGAAGGGCAAGGAGCAGCCGGACCGCGCGCACAGUCAAUUCCUGGGGAUAGUGGGCGGCUCCUCGGGCGGCGGCGGAGGCCUGCCAUUCUACCCAGGCGUGCGCUCGGCUUUCAAGCCGGCCGGCCUGGCCCGGGCGGCUGCGCAGAGCGACCCCUACCGGGAAGAGGGCGGCGGCAAGGGACCGGGGCUGGCGCUAGGGCGGCUGCUGGGCGGGGGCCGGGCCGGCGGGCGUCCGGGCAGUGGGGAGAGCCCGGCGGGCCACCACCACCAUCACCACCACGCUCACCACCACCACCACCACCAUCCCAAGUGCCUGCUGGCCGGGGAGCCGCCGCCGGCGGGCCUGCCGUGUCCCGGGGCCCUGAGAGCCUUCCCCCUGCUCGCCGGCCACCCGGAAGAGGCGUCGGCCUUCAAGCACGUGGAGCGGGCUCCGCCCGCCGCCGCCACCACCUCCCUGCCCUCCGCGCGCUACGCCGCUCUCCCGGCGCCCGGGCUCCCUGUGGAGCGCUGCGCGCUGCAGCCCCUCGACGGCGGCAGCCUCAAGGCUUACCCCGGCGGCGGUGGCGGCGGCGAGUGCAGCCCCCUGCCCGCCGUCAUGCCGGCCUUCACGGUGUACAGCGGAGACCUGCUCUACGGCCCUCCGGCCGCCUAUUACCCUCUCAAGCUGCACUUGGGCGGGCUGCUCAAAUACCCCGAGUCCAUCUCCUAUCUGAGUGGCCCCGCGGCGGCAGCGGCGGCGGCGGCAGCGGCAGCGGCGGCGGCGGCGGCGAUCGGGCCGGCCGAACUGGGCUCCCUGGCCAGCAUCGACCGCGAGAUCGCCAUGCACACACAGCAGCUGUCCGAGAUGGCAGCCGGGAAGAGUCGCGCCCGCCUGGACUCGGGGACGCUGCCUCCAGCCGUAGUGGCGGCGACGGGCCCCGGGGGUGGCGGCGGUGGCGGGAGCGCGGCAGGCAAGCCCAAGACAGGCCACUUGUGCCUCUACUGUGGCAAGCUGUACUCGCGCAAGUACGGGCUCAAGAUCCACAUGCGGACGCACACGGGCUACAAGCCGCUCAAGUGCAAAGUGUGCCUGCGGCCCUUCGGCGACCCCAGCAAUCUCAACAAGCACAUCCGACUCCACGCCGAGGGCAAUACGCCCUACCGCUGCGAGUUCUGCGGCAAGGUGCUGGUGCGCCGCCGAGACCUGGAGCGUCACGUCAAGUCCCGCCACCCAGGCCAGAGCCUGAUGGCCAAGGCGGGCGACGGCCCGGGCCCGGAGCCCAGCUAUGCUCUGGAGCCUGGGGAUCCCAAGAGCGAGGACAGUGAUGUGGAUGUCUGCUUCACUGACGAUCAGAGCGACCCCGAGGCUGGGGGUCGUGGCGAGCACGACUCCUAACGCGCCUUCCAGGGACUGAGCAGGGACGAGGACACAGUAGAGAGUGAAGUGGGGACAAGAAGGGCUUCAUUGAUAUUGUCGCAAUUCUGGGGAUGGUGUCGGAUUAGGAACAGUGAGCCGCUCCAGUUCUCGAGUGGAGCAAAGUUUAACGAAGGGUUGAAGAAACACAGCCAACUAACAGCACAUAGGUUGUGGUUCUCUAUCAUUAAGACCCCUAGACUCUGGCAUAGCCUCUCAUUCUGAAAGCAUUCUGGCCUUGAGGUUCAGGAUCACGUCAAUAUAAGCAUCUCAGUGCGCUCAAAGGUGAUGAUUUUUACUGCCACACAUUUUUAAAACGCUCUUGUCUGUGGAGGAAAUCGUGCCUUUUGAAAAGAUGUUCCGUGUGAAUUUUAUGUUAAGCAUUUCACUGCAUAGCAAGCAAAACAGUAGAUGUGACACCCACACACCUGUUUCCGUUUCCUAUCUGUUCUCCUGUCAAAGAACACUCCUUGCCACAUUGAGUAUAUCGUGGUAGUGGAUGUAUAAAUUGGUCAAGUUGCAAUUAUUUAUGAGAGAAUAAUGAUAAAUGUAAAAUGACGCAUGAAUAUAAGAGCACGCAAUAUAUAAAUUUAAAAAAUCCUAUUUGGUAGAGUCCAAAUGUUUAUGUUGUUUUAUAAUGAACGAUGUACAGUGGAUACAGUACUUUGCCCUUGCUUCCAUUUUGUGCAAUCUGUAAGAAUAAUAAAGAUACAAAGGAGAGUUCUAUUACUUGGCUACUGCAGAGGACCCUUUAAAGAUAUAGUUUAAUUUGAAAACAACUUCUGAGGAGACUUGACAACAUGAUAAGCCACAGAAGAUUUAUAUUAUUCGCAGAAUAAAUGUUAGUUAGGGUUUUAUGGAGAACAGGCAAAACCCAUUGGUUUCUAAAACCAUUGUUAAUCAUGCUAAGUGUUUUUAUGCUGACUCCAAGGACCUUCCAGAAAAAGCUUACAAGUCUCUGUCUCUGUCUCUCUCCCUCUCUCCCCCUUACUCCUUAACAUAUAUUUCCUUGCACAAAGAAUUAGGGAACUAAAAUCAGUAUUUCUUGUUGUUUACCAUUUUGACAGAUUUUAUCAUGGGGAUUUAAGAGGAAAUAAGAGGAACUUAUUAUGAGUCAUACACUUUAGUAUUCAUUCAACAAACACUGAAGGAGGACCUAUUUAAUGGGAGGUGCUUAAGUUCCCCCUCAUUUUGUUCUCCCAGCAACUUUGUGCUGCCAGUUUUGGGCCCAUUUUACAGAAGAAAAAAUGUCACAGUGUACAGACAAUAAUUAGAAUAACAAACUGUUAGCAGUGAAAUGUAUUCACUAUGUUUAAGAAGUGUGGUUAGAGAUACAUUCUGGGAAUGUUUGCCCCUCUCCUUUUAGAAGUAGAGAAUUAGACUCUUAGUUAAAGGCAGGUACACUGAGGACUGAGGUGUGCAGCAAUUUUCUGAGUUUGAUUUAAAGAAUUUGUUAGCUCACUGGAAGCUCUGGGUAAGACUCUGAUGGCCAUGUUUAUCCUGCCAGGAACACCCCCCCUCUCUCUGCAUAUCACAACCAAGAACAUAUGAUUUCUAUUAUUUUCUAUUAAUGGUGAUCUUCAAAAAGACUCCUAUGAGAAGAUGUGAAGAUGUAUGCUGGAAAAUAUAAACUUUCAGUGUUAGCUGGUUAGACAUUGUUUUCUUGUGUAAGAGAAAGCAUAAAGGGGUGUGGAGAAACAGACAGACACACAAACAAACACACACACAGACACACCCAGACACACACACACAGAGACAGCGACUACUCUUGUGGACAUAGCGGUAAAUAUACAUUUGUUGAGGAAUUAUUCUGGCCAGAAGCAUAGGUUACUUGCAUUCCUUUCCUCUCCAUAAAGCAGGUUUGGGAUGAUCUUGAUACUCGUGUUUUAUCAUUUGCUUGCUAAACUUAGGUUUCCAUAAUUCAGUUUUCACUACAAGUUUAGUGAUCAUCUUUUUGUACUUUGUAGUCUUGUCUUUUGUAAUUCUUGUCACUUGAAAGCAGAUUUAUCCUUGGAUAGAAAGUUGAAAAGACUUUUUUUCCUUCUGAAAUCAGAUUUUGUAAGUGCUCAGGGAAAGUGAGCUCCCAGAUUUGAAACCCAGGGAAUAUCCAAUUAGCUCUAUUCCUGUACCUUAUCUCUCUAGCUCAGUUAAUUGUAGUAACUCUUGUUUUGUGAGAAAAUAGUCAAGAGACAGCCAAGAUAAGAUUUGUUUGGUUAAAUGAAAUACAUGGAGAAUUGAAACAAUUUAAUAAAACAAAACCACAGCCACCUGUUUCUUCCUAUUAGACUGGAUUGCAACAUUAAAAAUAAAACAAUUAAACAUAGAUUUACAAAGCUCUUAA